AUGAAAUGGUUUAAUUAUAUAUGUUCACUUUUGUUUUUGUUGUUUUUUUUUACAGGAAAUGAAAACACUUUGCCACAAUCAUCAAACGCACAGGAUUCUAUUCUGGAUGAAGGUAAAGCCAACACACAAGAGGAUGUGCGUGAGGAAAGGAUGCGUGAUGAUGUUGCCAUAACUCAACCUGCAGAAGAGACAAAUGCACAGGAACCUAAUUUCCACACAGAAGAAGAAGUAAAACAAAUAGAUGAGACUCAGGAAGGAGCAGAAAAUUUAGACAGGGUGGAUGAACAAAGUGAGGUUGAACAACAAGAUAAAAGAGAGGAAGUAAAAACUGAAACCAAGGAGGCAGAGGAGAAAGUUAAUGCAGAGACCCAUGCUGAAACACUGGACACUGGAAAUACACAAACUAAGGUUUCGGAGAUGGAGGUAGAGGGUCAGGCAUCUCAGACAGAGAAUGGUACAGAAACAGGUGCAGGAGACACUGAGAGGCAGCGAGACACUGAUGACGUAGAUCAGAACAUAGAGAGGAGGAGCGAUGGACAGACAGACAGAGAUGAAAGAGAAGACCUAGCAGAUGAGGCUGGGGUUGAUAGGUCAACUGGGGAAAUAGUAGAGGAGACAGAUGAUAAGGUUGAUGAUUGUAAGGUGGAAGAUGGAGAAAAAAAAGAUAAGGCAGAAGAAGAAGCUGCAGAAAAGCUAGAGGUUCAGGACAGAAGUGAAAGUCUGGAAAAAGAGGAGACAGAGAAAACCGGGGAUGAAGAGACUCAAGAUGGUGAGAAAGAAAAUGAGUUAGAGGGUGGUGAUAAUUUAAAUGCAGAAGAGAAUGAGGACAGUACAGAAAAAUAUGAAGACGGUGUGAAUGAUGAACAUAAAGAAGGUGAAGCUGAAGAACUGUCUGGUGAGACUGGGAAUAAACAAAACGAGUCAGAAGAUGGUCAAGAUGUAAGCACACAGGGUAAUGAAAAACAGAAUGAUGCCCUGAAUGAUGAACAGAAUGAAACAGAGGAGGAACAGCUAAGAAACAAACUUGAGGCAGAGGAAGAAGGGCUAGAGAAACCAAACAAAGAUGAUGAUAAUGGAGGAGAAACCAAAGUUAAAGAUGAAACAAUGGAAGAUGGGGCUCAGAGAGAAGAAGAAGCAGAGAUGGAGGAUAAGAAAAUAGCAGAGGGAGCAGAUGGAAAUUGUUUAGAGAAUGAGCUAGAAACAGGUGAAAAGUUGGUAGAAGGGUCAGAGAAAGAGGUGACAGAUAUGAAUAAAAUUAGUGAGACUACAUUAGAGACAGGUGAUGGAAAAGAAGAGGCAGUUUCAGAUGAAAAUACAGGCCAGAAAGUAGAGACCAACAUUGAGGACCAAAAUAAGGAAUCUGUUUCACAGGAAGAACCAAAUGAAAUAGAUUCAAGGGCGGCACCCAAUGAUGACACAGAGGCUAGUACCAAAGAACAAGUAGAUGAACCUGCUGGGGUGAAUAAUGGCUUGCUAGACAGUAACAUAGAUGCUGAAAAUGGAGAGAGACAAGAUGUUAGUCUUGAGGAGGCUGAGAAGGUAGAAGAAUAUCCCCAAGAGGAAAUGCAAAGUAAAUCAGAGGGUGAGACAACUGGUGAUAGGGAUCAAAACGUUAUUUAUAAUAAUGAAAAGCCAGAAACAGAUGAAGAUGUAAAAGAAGAAGAAAAACAUGAUGACAAUGAGAAUGAAAACAAGUCAGAUGCUGAACUUGUUACCUCAGUAAGACAGUCUCAAUUGGGUGAUGAACAUGAGGACCAGGCCAGUGACAAUCUAAAAGCAGACAAAGAAGAGGCUGAUAAAGAAUCAGAAGCAUCUGCAACAACGUUCAUAGAAAAUGUAACCUCUCAGAUAACACAGGAGACAAUCAAUAAGGACGCAGAAAAUGACAUUGUCUCAGCAGAUGCCAAAGCACAAGAACUAAACGAGUCAGAACUGAAAGGUACUGCCGAUGAACUGAGUAGAGAUGCUCCUGAAGCAAUGGAUGGUAAUCCAUUAGAACCUUCGGAGAAAAAAGUGAAUUCUGUAAAUAAUGAUGGUGGCUCAUUUGUUUCCCAUUCACUAAAAUCACAGCCUGUGGAGAAAGUCAAAGAUCCAGUUCUGAGCAUCGAUUCAGAAGAUCUGGCCAUUCAUUCAGCAGCUUUAACUAAAGCAGUUGGGGUGGAUCUUGUAAGUAACUGGAUUAACAUACACCAAGAAUCAAGGUAUUUUCAGACAUUCAUCGAGCCUCUAGAUGAAGAGGGUCUCAUCUCGGAAGAAACCGAAGAGAGGCUAAAUGGUGAAGUAUUAAAUGAUACAGAAGCACCAACAAGUACUGAUAUUGAGGGCCUUGAUGAAACACUCAGGAGUAGAGAUGAAACUGCAACUCCUGUAGGGAAAAUAUUCAAUGAGAACACAGAGUCUGUAGUUGAAAGCUUGAAAACGGAGACCAAAGCUGAGGUUGUGCAAGCAGACGCUCACAGUAAUCACUCCAAAGACAGCAUAGAAACCUCAACCAAAAAUGAAGGAGUCCAGGAAGCUGGAGAUACCAAAGGUUCUUUGGUCACUACUUGGUCAAGACAAAGUAAUAAUGAACAGACCAAUCAAAAAGACAUUGCUAGACAGGAAACUUCAAUAUCAGAUGAUGUCAUAAACCUAAGGACAACAGCAACAUCUGAAGACAUUCAAGAGAGAGCACCAUCUGAAACUGAACAUCAGGAUGUACCGACAAAUGACGACUUAAAUGAAAAAGAGUCAGAAAGAAGUAAUCAACAAAAUAUAACUGAGGAAACCACACAUUUAUCCCAAACAGAGGAAGCAAGUAACAAAGAGACUUUGGAGAUUUCAGAACACAAUUUGCAAACUGAACAUGUAUCUCAGACAGAGUGUAUCGAACCUCAAAGUCCAACAAUCACAGUAAUUACAGACCUCACAAUCAUCAAUAAAUCGGAAAACGGAAGCCAAGAUGACGCUGCAAGUGUAGACUUUCAUUCCAGACAGUCAGAUGGAAACAAAAACAUGGAUGGAAACAGGAGAACGAAAGUAAUCGAUGGUCAUUUAAAACAGACUCUCAGCAGCAGAGACACUUUAAGCACUUUCUCAUUGGAAGAAUCAAGGUUUUUUGGGCCAGCUGGAUAUCCAAGAUUAACGACUGCUCACACAGAGAACAGUUAUUAGAACCACAGUAAAUCCUUCAGCUAACCGAGGGGUGUCCAAUCCUUCUCCUGUUCCACUGAGUUUAGGUCCAACCCCAAUUAAGCAUAUCUGAAACAGGGUCAAGGUCUUGAGGGUUACUAGAACUUCCAGAAAGGCGUGCUGGGGAAAGUUUGAACUGAACACUGCAAGACACUGGCUUUCCAGGAGCAGGAUUGGACCCAUAUUAACGUGUUUAAAAUAAUGGCACUUCCUUUUCCUUAUCAGAGACCCAUAGUGAGUCUUGUGUGCUUGGUAGGGAAGUUAGCAACAGCCCACUGAAAAUAGACACCGUAGGACUCGCACAGCACAAAUAAUUUAAUUAUUCAUGAUGCGGAGCCCUCCAGUUGGUCAGGCUGUACUAACAGUAUACCAACAUACUUCAGA